UCUACUUUGAACUGUCACUGUCAUAUUUUAAAAUUUGUUCAAGUCUUUCGCAAUUUUUCUGAUUUUUGCAGUAAUUAGUGCAAAAAAAUCAAAACAUAACUUUCUUAAAAAUUUAAAUCUAAAUUAAAACAGUUGAGCCCCUUAAACUGAUCGUCUGGAGCACGAUGCACGAUGUUGGAGGGUCUGGUGGCUUGGGUUUUGAACAACUACCUUGGGAAGUAUGUAGAAAACUUAAACACAGAUCAGCUGAGUGUGGCCCUCCUGUCCGGCAAAGUGGAAUUAGAAAAUCUGCCACUAAAGAAAGAUGCUCUCCGGCACCUGGGCCUGCCAGUGGAGAUAAAGGCAGGCUUCAUUGGAAAGGUGCAGCUGCAAGUGCCUGUUCGUCAGAUACGCUCCGCUCCAUGGCUCAUUGCAAUAGAAAAGUUGUAUUUAGUUGCCACUCCUGUAGAUUUGGAUGAGUGGGACAGUGUAGUAGAAGCAAAUAUAGCGCACGAGCGCAAGGUAGCGCUGCUGGAUGCGCUGGAGGCGCAGUGGCGCGCGGAGCACGAGGCCAACGACGCGGGCUACUACGCCACAUCCUAUUCCUCGUGGCUCAGCUACGGCACUGGGCUGCUGGCCAACAUUGUGGAGAAUCUGCAGUUGACAUUAAACGAUGUACACAUUCGUUACGAGGAUGCCCUCACGUGUGCGCCGAGCUCGUUUGCCUGCGGGCUCACAGUGGAAUCGCUCACAGCAGAGUCCUGCGACUCGGACUGGCAGCGGGGGUUCACUCUGCUCUCCGACCCAGACGGCUGCUCAUUCAAGUUGCUCGAGCUGCAAAAAUUGGCAAUGUACUGGGAUCCUAUGCACGUGCCCAGUGGAAUGUUCUGCCAUUGUACCAUUACCGAAUUGACGGAGCGCAUGUCGCAGACGUGGAAGGGCCAGCACCGGUACCUGGUGCCGCCGGCGUCGGCCCGCGCCCGCGUGCGGCGCGAGCGCACCGAGCAGCCGCUGCGCUCGCGCCUGCGCCCGCGCCUCGCCUGCCACCUCACGCUCGACACCGUGCUGCUCACCCUCACGCAGCGGCAGUACAGCGAGGCGGUGGGCUGCUGGCGCGGGUUGGAGGCCGUGGCGCGGGUGCGCGGCGUGCGGGGCGCGCGGCCCGGCGUGCCCGUGCGCGGCCACGCGCGCGCCUGGUGGCUGUACGCGCUCACCGCGCACGCGCCGCACCACCGCUGGACAGCUCCUAAACCUACUUGGGAAUCCUGCUUGGAAGAGUCUCGUAAAAUUCGUCAGUACGUGGACAUCUGCCUGAGCAUGCUCAGCAACCCGACCGCUACGCUGCCGCCGGACAAGAAACAGUGCAAGGACGAGUUCGAGUGGAAGACUCCCUUGCACAUAUUGAAGCCGUUACGGGAAGUGGCGAUGCGUAAAGUACCCAAAGCGACGCCAGUAUCGACCCCCGAAAUACCUAGCAGCUCGGGGCGGAGCAUGCUGGUGCACUGGUUCCCACAGUGGUGGGGUUGGUACGGCGGCUCGACGGCCGCCCCGGCACCUCCCCCCGCCCCCACCGACGCCCCCGCUACCACAUCUGACCCUGUGCCCGAGCUCGAGGAGGAGAUCCUCGAUGUCAUUGCCGAUUCCCUCGAGAACAACACGCUACUGAAAAGAGAUACAGUGUUUGGCAAGUUCGAGUUCGUCCUGAACAAAGGCAGUUUCUUCUUGUGCAAGGACAACGACAGUGACAAUGAUACGCGCUGCCGGCCGCCGGCGGAAGGUGGCGCGGCGGAGGGCGGCGCGGGGCUGGAGCUGCAGUUCUGGAGCGUGAUGGCGCGCGUGGAGUCGCGGCCUCGCGGCGGCUCGCACGCGCUGCACGUGUCGCUGGGCGAGCUGCGGCUGCGGGACCGCCUCACGCCCGCCACGCUCUUCCCCGUGCUGGUCGCGCCGCAGGGUAUGAUCCGCGACGGCCUGAGCGCUAUGAACGCAACGGCGAGCACUAUGUCGUGGUGCCGCGCCCAGGUGACGCCUUCCUCCUCGUAUCACCCGCACCAGCAACACGAUGCCGCCGAGCCUCUUUUCCAACUCACAUACGAGAAAAAGCCAUUUGGACUUAAUUGUGAUUACAAGCUGUGGGUGAAGUCCGGCUCGCUGGAGGUGGUGUGGUGCGCGGCGGCGGCGCGCUGGGUGCGCGAGCUGGUGUGCGCGCCGUGGGCGGACGGCGGCGGUGGCGGCGGGGGCGGCGGCGGCGGCGGCGGCGGCGGCGGCGGCGGCAGCGGGGAGGAGGACGGCGGCGGGGAGGGGGGACCCGCCUACCACCACGUGCGCGACUCCACCAAGGCGCGCCUGCUGGGACACUGGAACGACAUCAUGCGCGCUCACACGGGCGAGCGGCGGUCGUGGCAGGUGGAGCUGGACGUGUGGGCACCGCAGCUGUUAGUGGUAGAGCAGCUGUGCGACCGCGACGCGGCCGUGCUUGCCGUCGACUUCGGCCGCCUGCGCCUGCACAAUUUGCCGCUGCAUUCCGCCCCCGCCUCCGAACCCGCUCCCGCACCCGCCGCCUCCGCUCCUGCCUCUGAUACACUGGACGAUGAAGCAGAGCUGUUCAUGACGCCGUGCUCGACUCCGCCGGGCAGCCUGCUGUCGCCGGCGUCGCCGCCGUUGCUGCCGCACCAGCCGCACCAGCCAUUGCACCUCCACCCGAUCGACCCAGCGCACUUGCACGACAGUCUUUACGACAGAUAUAAGAUAGAACUGAGCGAUCUACAGAUACUAGUGGGCCGCACGCGCGACAACUGGAAGUAUGCGCACACGAAAAGCACGUCCCCGCUGCACCUCGUUGACAGAUUCAGUAUAUCGCUUCAGGCGGAGCGGCGCGUGGUGGCGACGAGCGACCCGCAGUACCCGGCGGCCACGCUGCGCGGCUCGCUGCCGGCGCUCGUGGCGCACCUGGCCGACCACAAGCUGGCCGCCGUGCGCGCCGUCGCCGCCGGCCUCGUGCCGCCCUCCCACCACCACCACCACCACCAGCACCGGAGUGGCGAGGGUCAGCCGGAGGAGCAGUGGCGGGCGGCCCCGGACGAGGACACCAGCGCCAGCUUGGAGACCGAGCGCUCCGACCCCUCCGGACACCACAACACCAAGCUGUUCGUGCUGCAGUUCGCGAUCGACCAGAUGUCGCUAGAGGUGCAGUCGCGCGGGCGCAGCGUGGCCGAGGUGCAGGUGUGCGGCGUGCGCGCGGCGCUGGCGGCGCGGCCCGGCGACGCGUCGCUGGCGCUGUCCGUGCACUCGCUGCUGCUGGUCGACGCGCUGCAGACCUACGGGCCCGACUUCGAGCUGCUCGUCGCCAGCCACCGCCACGUCGGCAUGGACACGAUGUCGGGCAGCAUCCGCGGCUCGGAGCCGACGUCGCCGCGGUCGCCCACGUCGCCCACGUCGCCCACGUCUCCCACGUCGCCCACGUCGCUGGCCUCGCCGCCGCCCGCGCCGCUGCACCCGCACGCGCUCAACCACGCGCUACACUCGCUCACGUACGCCGGCGCCGCUCACAAAUUUGAAGAGGGGGGCCGCACUAGUCCCGGCCUUCGUUGGCCCGGCAGUUCGAGCCAUGCCGGCGGGGCCGGGCUGGGAUGGGGCUCGAGCAACAGAGACGGACCAGGGUGGACCGCGGGCGCCGCCUGGGCCGCGCCCGGCCUCGUCGACUCGGAGGCGCUCAUCGCUGUUGAACUCUGCUUCGUGAAGGGAGAAGAGGAGGACCUCAGGAUUGCCAACAUACUCUUCAACAACCUUGAUAUAAUUGCGAAUCAAGAAACGAUAGUGGAGCUAAUCGGGUUCGCGCAACGCGUUAUGGGCCCAAAGAAAGCGGCGGGCGAGCCUCGGCCGGCUGCCUCCCCCGCCGCCGCCGCCGCCGCCGCCGCCGCCGCCGCCGCCGCCGCCGCCGCCGCCGCCGCCGCCGCACCGACCAGCGCCAGCCUGCUGUCGCUGCCAGUCGCGCCCCGCCAGCAGAAGUCGGUUCGGACGGAGAUCACGUUCGACUUCCACCGCCUGGGGGUGCUGCUGCUGCGCGCCGCGGUGCACGACGGCAACCUCGUGGCGAGGAAGAUCGCCACCGCCACCGUCGCCGAGGCCAAGAUACAGGCCACCCUCGACGGGUGCAGCGUGGAGGCGGAGGGCUCGCUGGGCGGCGUGCAGGUGGUGUCGCUGUGCGACGGCGCCGGCCUGCACACGCGCGUGCUGUCCGCCGGCCGUGCCCACCACCCGCAGCAGCCGCAGCACCCGCAGCACGACGCCGCCGCCGACGACGAGAAGGCGCUGCUCUUCCACGUCACCAGGAGGCUCGACACGCCGGAGGGCGCCGAAACACCAGUGGUGGCGGCGAGCGUGUCGGUGCGCGUGGCCAGCGUGUGGUACACGCACUCGGGCCCGCUGCUGCGCGAGCUGCGCUCCUGCCUCACCGAGUUCAAGCAGUACCUCGCCGACCUGGCGCGCUCCAUCCGCGCCGCCGCCGCCGACAUGGCCAUCGGCCUCGUGCACCCCACCACCGCCGCCGCCGCCGCCGCCGCCAGGGGCGAGUCCCUGUACGCGAACCCGAAGCUAUCGCAGUCGACGGAGGGCGUGUCGCCGCGCAGGCGCACCACCAGCAUGGGCUGCUCGCUCGACGACUCUACCGACCUCAUGUCCGACAAUAUCAUACUCAGUGCUCACGUGGAAGUGCAGUCGCCGGUGGUGGUGCUGGCGCGGUCGCCGCUGAGCGGCGAGGCGCUGGUGGCGCGGCUGGGCCGCAUGAGCCUGCAGCUGGCGCCCGCGCCGCCGCGCCGCGCCGCGCUGCGCGUGCGCCUGCGCGACAUCUCGCUCGUCUCCGUGGACGUGAGCUCGAAGCUGGCGAACGGGUGGGGCUCGCAGACAGUGCAGCAGGUGUACGGCGCGGCGGCUGCAUCGCCCGUGCUGCACGACACCGCGCUGCGCCUCGCCGUGCACUACGGCCAGUCUGCCGACUGCGCGCACUGCGGAGAACAUGCACACACGCAUUGCGAGGUGAGCGGUGCGAUAGUGGGCGGGCUGCAGGUGUCGGCGCGGCGCGAGCAGUACGAGCAGCUGCUCGACACGCUGCACUGGGUCACCGCCGCCGCGCCGCCCGACGCGCAUGACGCACCCGUCGCCACCGCCGCCACCGCCGCCACCGCCACCACGUCCGCCACCCCCGGCGCUCCCGCCGAUAACCCACACCCGGUGUCGCUGUCGGAGCCGGCGGUGCCGACGUUACAAUUGCACCCCGUGCUGCGCGCGGCCACGUUCGCCGCCACCGCUCCCGCGUCCGCAUCCGCGUGUUCUAAUGAGGCCACUGCCGCGACAUCGUCCUCCAACCGUCCCGCCACUAGUGUCGCCGCCUACACUGCUCUCAGCGUGAAGUUCGAGGUGUCGACGUUCCGCGUGGAGCUGCGUGCGGAGCGCGAGGCGGGCGCGGGCGAGCGCGGGCUCGUGCAGCUCGCCUUCGCAGAGUUCUCGCUGCUGUACCGCGCGCUGCAGCCGCACGAGACCACGCUGCAGGUGUCGCUGCACUCGAUCACGAUGGAGGACCUGACGAAGGAGCCGGACUCGAAGCACCGCAUGAUGAUGGUGUCGCACACGGCGCAGGUGCCGCCCAAGGCGGUGUUCGUGUCCAAGUCGUGCCCGGACUUCGUGUCGCAGCACGCGGCCGCGCACGCGCAGCUGCCGGUCGAACGGGGCAUGCGCGGCGCGCGCUCGCUGCCCGCGCAGCUGCACGUACUCGACAGGGAGACACAACUGCGACGCCACAAGCAAGACAGCAAGUGCGGCCCCACGCCGCCGUGCUCGCCCGAGUGCGGGGCGAGCGCGGGCGCCGCCCACUGUGAGACACAAGCGGACGCGGACGCAGAAGCGGACGCGGACGCGGACGCAGACACGGAAGCGGAGGCGGACGAUGAGGAGACGCUCAACGCCGAUGACAAUUUGGUGUGGGUUUCCGUACACACUAGGGACCCGCAGCAUCCACUAUUUGAGGAGAAAUACAAAAAGGUGUCAAGGUUGACAAAAGUGGACUUCAACUGUUUGAACUUGGUGGUGAGCAUCGACAGCUGGGUGACGGUGUUGGAUUUCUUCGGUAUCACGGGCGACGACCUGCCCGACGACCCGCCCGCGCCCGAGCCACAGCAAACCGAGGGCGGCGGGGCGGCGGCAGCGGCGGCGGCGGCCGCGGAGGGCGGCAGCCGGCAGAUGGUGGUGUCGGUGCGGUCGCUGGCGGCGGUGCUGGUGCGCGGCGGCGCCGAGUCGUGCCGCGCGCUGGUGUCGCGCGUGCGCGUGGUGAGCGUGACUGGCGCGGGUGCGGGGGCGGGCGCGGGCGGCGGGGGGGCGGCGCGGGCCGUGCGCGGCCGCCUGGGCGCGCUGCGGCUCACCGACCUGGCGCCGCCCGCCGCGCUGUGGCGCGACCGCCUCGCCACGCAUGCGCGCCGCGCACUCGCCUUCCAGUACCGCCGACUAAGUGCUGCGGAGGCGGAGGCGGCGGGCUACGAGAGCAGCCUCAGCAUAGACAUGGGCCCGGUGACGUACGUGCACACCAAGCGGUUCGUGCAGGAGCUGCGCGCCUUCGCCAGGGACUUCAGCCUGCUGCGUCGCGUCAUACUGCAGGCCAGGCGGAAGGUGGCGGUGUCGGUGGGCGGCUCGGCGGGGCGGCGGCGCUGGCGGCAGCGGCUGCGGCUGCGCUGCGAGGCGCCCGAGAUCGUGGCGCCGGUGUCGGCCCGCGCCCGCGCCGCGCUCAAGGCGCAGCUCGGCCGCCUCGCGCUCGACAACUGCUUCCGCCGCGCCGGCGACCCGGGCACGCUCGCCGCCACUGCUCACCCAGCGGGCGAGGAGGGUCGCGAGUUGCUGGAUGUGCAGUCGGUGUGCCUGGAGGGCGUGUCGUUGUGGUGCUGCUCGCGGCUGCGGCCGUUGGGCGCGCCGCUGCUGCACCGCCCCGCCAGCCUCCAUCUGCAGAUUGAGCACAACCUCUCGCGCACGCACAACGUGGCGGACACGACGGUGGAGGGCCGGCUGUCGACGCUGUCGUGCGCGCUGCAGCCGCCGCAGUACCGCGUGGUGCGCGGCGUGCUGGCGCACAACCUGGGCGAGGACCUGGCCGACCUGCAGCCGCCGCGCGCGCCCGCCUCGCGCACCGUCCGCUCGCAGCAACAACCGGUGUGGACGACGCUGUCGCUGCGGCUGGAGCUGCAGGACGUGCGCGUGCAGCUGUGCCCGGGCGAGGCGCGGCCGCCGCUCGCCUGCAUCAACUUCAUCAAGUCGCGCCUGCUCGUCGAGACCUACUCCGACCUCGGACAGGACAUAGAUCUCGUCUCGCAGGAGAUCCUGGUGAGCGACAUGCGGUACGCGGAAGCGCCGGCUAACCGGCGCGGUAACGUGUUCAGCCACAUUGUGCAGCCGAUGGCCGAGCAGCGGCACAGCGUGCAGGCCGAGGUGCAUGCCAGGUACUUUACGCUUGCACGAGUCGAUUCGUCCGCAUACACCAUCCUGGUGAACAACAUGCGUCUAAUGGCGAUCCUGGACUGGUGGGAGGCCGCCAACCAGUUCAUCAUGCAGCCGCCGCCGCCGCCCGCCGACCCCGACCAGCAGCACUUCGAUGAGGUGUCGCUCCGUCAAACGGGCGCGGCGGGGGGCGGCGCCGGUGGCGACAGUGCGUUGCGGGGCGCGGGGGAGGAGGGCCAGUUCGAGCUGAAGCUGAACAUCACAGACUCGCAGCUCGUGCUCGUCGAGGACGCCUCCGUCUGGGACACCAACGCCGUCAUACUCAGGAGCACGACGGUGGUGACGUACCGGGCGAGCGACGAGCGCAAGCCGCUGGUGUGCGAGCUCAACGAGCUGGAGGUGUUCUCGUGCGUGCUGGGGCUCGAGGAGGACACGGCGCUGGCCAUCGUCGACCCGGCCGCGCUGCACGUCGCGCUGCACGCCGACCGCGUGCUGCACGUGGCGCUGGGCACGCUGAACCUGCGGCUGUCGUACCACGACAUGAGAAUGUUCGCGGCCAUGCUGCAGUCGCUGCCCGAGCAAGCGCGGGCCGCGCUCUCAGGCAAGACAGUGGCAGAGGAGAAGGAAGCGGCCCCGGCGAACAGCGUGCACAUGCGUGCGGGCGUGGGCGUGGGCGCCGCGUGGGCCGUGCGGCCGCGCUGGGCGCCGCCGCCGCCGCCGCCGCCGCCGCCGCCGCCCGCGCCGCCCGCGCCGCCGCCCUCCGCCGUCUGGCCGCUGCGCGCCGUGCAGGUGAGCGCGGAGUGCAUCACGCUGUGCGUGAUCGACGACUGCCUCGACUCCGACGUGCCGCUGCUGGAGGUUUCGCUCUCGGAGCUGCAGGUCGAACAGGAUCUCCGCAAAGUAGAAGACACUCUGGAGGAUCCACUUCUGGUAUGUACCCCGGCGGGCCCGCCGCCGCCCGACUCGACGUGGGCGAGCAGUACGAGCCCGGGCGAGGCGGCCGGGGCGGGGGCGGGGGCGGGGGCGGGUGCCGGGGCCGGGGGCGGGCGGCUAGCGGCCGUACUCAGCGCCGACUACUACAAUCGCCCGCUCUCGGGCUGGGAGCCCGUCAUAGAGCCCUGGAGAUUCGAGACGACGUGGGAGUACAAGCUGACGAGCAAGCUGCUGCCGCGCGUGGAGGUGGCGGUGCUGUCGCCGGAGACGCUCAACAUGAACGUGACGUCCGCGCUCAUCGACCUCUGGCAGCUGGUGCGCGCCAACUGGACCGCUGACUACUACGCGCCGCAGGCGGCGGCAGGCGCGGACCAGUCGCCGAAGGGCAGCCCGGCGGGCCACCGGCGCCGCUCGCCGUUCGUGCCGUACGCGCUGCGCAACCACACCGGCCACCGCCUCUGGUUCACCACCGUGCUCACCACCUCGCACCUGCUGCAGGAGCCGACUGCGAGGUCUGGUCCGGACGACUCGUGGGUGUGCGUGCGCGCGGGCGACACCGAGCCGUUCUCGUUCGGCACGCGGCGUGCACGGGGCCGCACUCAGGGGCAGGGGCAGGGCCCGGGCUGGAGGGGCCCCGCCGGGCCCGCCGCGCUGCACCAGCUCGCGCUGCGCCUCGACGGCUGGACCCCGCCCGACCCCGUCUGCGUGGACAGGGUCGGCGUCUUCUUCAGGAAUCUCACGCACACGCAAACUGGCGCAGAGGCGCGUAUAGUGUUCGAGGUGUCGCUGGAGGGCUCGGCGCGCAAGCUGGUGACGGUGCGGUCGGCGCUGCUGCUCGUCAACCGCCUGCCGCACGCCGUCGAGGUCCGCGCCGACCUGGCGCCUGCCCCCGCCGUCGCCACCGCCACCGUCGGCGUCGGCGCCACCCUCGCGCGUCUCGCGCACCACUCUGCAGCGCAGUGGAGCGGCGUGGGCGGCGCGCGGGCGGCGCAGGUGGCGGCGGGCGAGGCGUGGGCGGCGCCGCUGGCGGCCGCGCCCGGCGCGCUGUGGACGCGGCCGCUGCCGCCGCCCGCCGGCCCCGCCGGCCCCGCCCUGCCCGCCGGCCCCGCCCUGCCCGCGCCCAUCGACUGGCGCGCCGCCGCCGGACACCGCGCGCUACUGCACUACGAGUGCCGCGCGCCGCCUGACCACGUCUACAGAUUCUGCUGUUCAAUAGUCCGCGAGCGUUUCCCCCCGGACCGCGGGUCCCCCGUCGCGGGGCACACGCUGACCCUAGUGCCGGCGCUACGGCUAGAGAACUUGCUGCCACUGGAGUUGCAGUACCGCGCGGUGAGCAGCGCGGCAAGCGGCUCGACGAGCAACUCCACGUACGUCGAGGGCGCACUGCCGCCUGGUGGCACCAGGCCUUUCCACGAGGUGAACGUGGAGGAGGGCGUGGAGCUGAGCGUGAAGCUGGAGGGGUUCGGGUGGUCGUCGCCGCUGGUGGUGGGCGGCGGCGACGGCGCGGGCGGCUCGUUCAGCGCGCGCGUCAAGCUGCGGGACUCGCGCGCGCGCCGCCUCUACCUCAACGGCAGGGUGUCGCACACCAGCACCGACGGCAUCAAGGUGUCGGUGGCGGCGGCGUACUGGCUGGUGAACCGCACGGGGCUGCCGCUGGUGUUCCGCGCGGAGGGCGCGGCGCAGGAGGCGGCGGGCCAGUUCGAGGAGCACGAGGUGGCGCGCAUGGUGGCGCCGCUCAUGUUCUCGUUCGCGGACGCGGACGGCGGGCCCACGCUGGCCGCGCGCCUCGGCCGCGCGCGCGCCGCCAGCCCCGAGUGGUGCUCACCGUUCGGGCUGGGCCCCGGCGUGGCGGUGAAGCGGCUGACGGCGCGCGGCGGCGGCACGGCUGUCGGCGCGGGCGCGGACGGGGGCGGCGGUGGCGGGGGUGGGGCGGGGGCGGGGGAGGAGCGCGAGUACGCGAUAGGCGUGCGCGUGCGCGCGGGCCGCGGCCGCUACCGCCACACCAACAUCGUGACGCUCACGCCGCGCUACCAGCUGCACAACAACACCUCGCAUCACCUGCAGUUCGCGCAGAAGUGCACCGCCACCACCCUCUGGGACCCGGGCGCGAUGGCGACGCACGUGAGCGCGGUGGCGGGCUGCUACCUGCCGUGGCACUGGGCGCGCGCCGACCGCGAGCGGCUGCUGUGCGUGCGGGUGCUGGCGCCGCCCGCCGCCACCGCCACCGCCGGCUCCGCCGACACGCAGCCGCGCCCGCUCACCGCCUGGUCCGGCGGCUUCCGGAUAGACGCUCCUCGUUCCUUGCACAUUGCUUGCAGGGAGAGCGGCGGCUCGUACGAGAUGGUGCGCGUGGAGGUGGUGAGCCAGGGCGCCAGCAUGUUCGUGGUGCUGACGGACGCGGACAGCGCGCCGCCGCCGCUGCGCAUCGACAACUACUCCCCCGUCUCCAUCAUGUUCCACCAGGUGAGGAGUAGUGGCUGGCAGGGGCCGCGUGCAGUGUGCGGCGUGCAGUGUGUAGCGUGCGGUGCGCGUGCGCAGGCUGGCAGCGCGGAGGAGAGCGUGGUGGGCGCGCACGCGAGCGCGCGCUGGGCGGCGCCGGAGCCCGAGGCGGCGGCCGCGCUGUGGCUGCGCGCGCCCGGCGGCCCGCGCCUGCUGCUGCACCUCACCGCGCUGCCCUCCGCGCACACGCUGCUCUACCAGAACUUCGUCUACGUCGCCUUCGCGGCCGCCGCCGCCACCGCCGCCGCGCGCGCCAGAGGCAGUGAGUCGACGUCAGAUGACGGCGUGCUCGUACUGGAAGUGCCGCUCGGCACUACGAAAGUGGUGCUCGGCAGGAAGAGAUACGGCGACAGGUGCCAGCUGUGGCGACGCGGCCCCAACGACCAGCUGAUCCACGAGGGCAGCUCGCCGCCGCAGCCCACCGACGCGCUGCUCACCGACGAGGAGGCGCUCUCGCCACACGCCAUGGUGCUGGACAUCAGCGAGCCGGCGCCGCGGCCGGGCGUGGCGGCGGCGCUGCAGCUGCGCCGCGCCGACCCGCGCCGCGCCUCCACGCAGCGCUGGCGGCUCACGGCCGACGGCCGCAUGGCCUGCGUGCACUCCAACCUCUGCCUGCAGCCCGCCGGCGCGCACGCCGGCCUCAUGGCGCUCACGCCCGGAAACCGCGUAGUGUUGGGCCUGGUGAGCUCAGGGCGCGGUGGGGAUUCGUGUCCCCCCGAGCAGGCGGUGACGUGGCAGACGCUGCGGCCGGGCUCGGGACGCCUCGACGUUGCGCUGCUGGCCGAUGGACCUACCCGCGUGCUGCGCAUAUACGACCACGACGCACCGGAAUCUGGCUGGAUCGAGAACGAAGAGGAGUCGGGGCGCGACAGUAGGAAUGCGAGUGGUAGUGGCAGUGGUAGUGAGCGGGCGGGCGGGCGCGAGGUGGCGGCGCGCGUGUGCGUGGCGGCGCUGGGCGUGUCGCUGGUGGGCCGCGCGCCCGCCGGCGAGCUGGUGCACGCCGUGUUCUCCGGCCUGCUGCUGCAGCUCGCGCUCGCAGACCACCUCGCGCUCGAGCUCGCCGUCCGCCACAUGCAGUGGGACAACCAGCUGCCGGGCACGCCGAGCCCGGUGCUGCUGUACUGCGUGCCGGAGCGGGGCGGCGGCGGCGGUGGCGGCGGUGGCGGCGGCGGGGGAGGGGCGGCGCCCGCGCUGCACGCCGCGCUGGAGGUGCAGCGCGCGCCCGUGCGCCGCUACAACGCGUUCUACUUCCGCCGGCUCGUGGUGAUGCUGCGGCCGCUGGCCGUGCGGCUCGAGGAGCGGCUGAUCCUCAUGGUGUGGGCGUGGGCGGGCGUGGAGGAGGAGGAGGGCGCGUGCGAGCAGGCGGACGAGGCGGACUACGAGACGCGCCGCAUGCUCGACGAGCUCACCGCGCUGCACGCCACCAGAUACUACUUCGCGCUCAUACAGAUCGUGCCCAGCCAGAUCCGGCUGUCGAUGACGACGGCAAACAAGCUGGAGAGCUCGUUGAGCGCGCUGAAGAGGCGGCUGGGGCUGACGCUGAUCAAGUUCGAGGACGCGGCCGUGGAGCUGGAGCCGUUUGUUCGCACGCACGUGUUCGACACCGCCGGCUACCUCGCGCGCCAGCUGCUGCUGCACUUCAAGGACGAGUUGAAGUGGCAGGCGGCGAAGAUCCUGGGUUCGGUGGACUUCCUGGGCAACCCGCUGGGGUUCGUGGCGGACGUGUCGGAGGGCGUCACCGGGCUGCUGCUCGAGGGGAACGUCGGCGCGCUCUUCAAGAAUGUCACGCACGGCAUCUCCAACUCCGCCGCCAAGGUCACAGAGUCUCUGGGCGACGGGCUGGAGCGCGUGGUGAGCGACGAGGCGCACGAGGAGACGCGGCGCCGCAUCCGCAGCGCGGCCGCCGGCGCGCACCUCGCCGCCGGCUUCCGCGGGCUCGGCCUCGGCAUCCUCGGGGGCAUGACAUCGUUGGUGAAGCACAGCUACGAGGGCGCGACGCAGGAGGGCCUGCCGGGAUUCCUGGCGGGCGUGGGCAAGGGGCUCGUGGGCACCGUCACCAAGCCGGUCAUCGGCGUCCUCGACCUCGCUGCCGAGACCGCCUCCGCGCUCAGGGACACUAGCAGACGGUCGGACCGCUGGGUGCCGGCGCGCGUGCGCGGGCCGCGGUGCGCGAGCGGCGCGGGCGCGCUGCUGCCGCGCUACUGCGCCGCGCAGGCGGCCGGCGCCGCGCUGCUGGCCGCGCUGGCGCCCGCCGCCGCCGCCGCCGCCGCCGCCGAGCGCUUCCUCGCCUACCGCAUCGUGCGCGACACGCCGCACGACAUCCGCGCGCUGCUCUCCGACACGCACCUGCGCAUCAUCACCUGCAAGCACGCCGCGCCGCACGUCGUCAUGGAGACGCACCUCAGCAACCUGGUGUCGUGCUCGGUGGUGAGCGUGGAGGGCGCGCACUACGUGGAGCUGGGCGUGCGGGGCGGCGCGGGCGGUGCUGCUGGUGCUGGUGGUGCUGGUGGUGCUGGUGGUGCGGGGGGCGAGGGCGGCGGCGCGGAGGGCGUGCGGCGGCCGCGCGUGCAGUGCGACAGCGCCGAGCUGGCCGCGUGGGUGGCGCGCCACGCCGCCUACGCGCGCCAGCUGUACCACGAGCACCAGCACACGCUGCUGCCGCACACCGACCUCUAGUCGCGCGCCGUUCCCGGCUGUACAUAUAACGCGGUCCACUCUCACGAAUUUUGCUGGGAAGCCCCGCUAAUACGACCGCAGCUAGCGAGAGUAAAAAACGCGUGUAAACCGCUCGCAUCUUAAUAUGACUGCUAUUGAUACUUGUAAUUUUAUAUAUUUUAUUCAAUGUUACCAUUCAAAAUUAAAUGCACAGCCGUAUAGUUACUAUCGCUUAACCUGGUCAUUAAUCGCUCUAACAUGGUAACCAUUAUCAGAUAACAAGGUUUAUUUUGUUAGUAAUAGACUUAAAAUUUUGCUACUACAGAAGGAUGGAAAUUAGUAUAUUUAGUUUUCGCCACUGUCCGUCUAAAAUGCGUCGUGUUAGCGUAGCUUCCAUAAAAUUUAUUGAUGUACAUAACAAAUUGACCAAAACCAAAUUAAAUACAGAAAUUUCAAGUGUGUCAACCAUUAAAUAUACGUAUAUUGUCCCAGUGUACAAGGUAAUAAUGAUUAAUGUACCUUAAUAACAAUAUAUGAUAUUGUGUUUGUAUGCGGUACUUUAAUAGAAUAUAUCAUUGAUGUUAGUCACAUUUCUAUUUACAUAUAUUUGUAUCCCAAAAUUCCUCUAAAGACUGAAAUGUAAAGACAUGUCAAAUAUAAAAACCUUGCAGUAGGAAAGGCAACCAACUUUAUUAGCUAUCCUAUAUUAUUAAUUUUCAUAAUUUACUGUCACAUGCGCUCUAAUCCACGAUCACAGUACACUUUCAAUAUUUUUAGAGGAUUGUGGGAGGAUGGAGUUACGUCCGCUAAACGACACAUUGCUUAAUCUCUUGUAUUGUCUUUCCUAUUGUCUGGAUUAAUAGAAAUAUACAAAUAAAUGAAACAUCCAUUGGCGUAGUUUAGAUUUCUAUAAACACUGUAUGUAUCUACUCGAUUAUAAGCAAUACGUUGGUCGAUUAUUCACGAAUGCGUACUGUUGAUAUUUGCUCAUAGCGAUGAAAUGUUGCUUAGUUACUUUUAGCCCCCAAUAAUAACGUACAUUUUUGGCCAAUAACUGUGACUGUAGUUGCAGUAAAUUGGGGGUAGACCCGUAAGCGUUCCUCAUUAUUUAUAAAAAUAAGUAGCGUUCGCCCGUAUCUUCCGAUUAGUGGCGAGUUUCAUGUGAUAUAUCGUAGCGAUUUUGCGUACAUUAGUUUGUCGUUUUUAAUACGUGUUUAAAUUGAUGCUGAGAGAGAAUUAUUUGAACGAUAUUAGAAAAUUGUACAUAACCGUAUGUGUGACUUGUUUACGUCUAAUAUUGACAUGUAAGUUAUCAGAAUGUUGGACUACUCUUUGUAAUUAUGUAGUGUAGUAUAAAUAAAAAAAAAAAUAUAUCAUCGAUGUUUGUCUUUGAUAAAUUAUUUUGUUUCUAUAAAGUUUUACAUUGUCUAUGCUGCCUCAUGUUGGACUGGGCAAACCUUAGGCCUUGGUUUUUUUUUUUCAAUGGAUGAUAAUGUAACGGAAACCCCGGUUGCGAUAUUGGUUUAUGUUGGCGAGGCAUCAGUGAGAAAUCGGAAAUUAACCACGUAGAUUUCCAGGGGGAAUCCCGUGGUGGUCGACCUGACAGGGUAUAUUGUUAGCAAUGGAUUGGGUAGUCUUCAUUAUUAACAAUUCAUUUUUCCCCACUCUAGGUCAAAAUGAUUAAAUGCAAUGUUUAGCCAAUCACUGCGAUCCAUGGAGGCGUGGCCUAAUUGUACGUUAGUUUCUAAAGAUUGAGUUGGUCGAUUGGUCCAUCUUGCGGUUGUUAGUUGGGUGUAGGUAACUCGUGUCCAUGUAUGAUAUUGGUAAAUGUUUGAAAAUGUCAAUAAUUCUAAUUUGAACAAAUUAAUGUGAAUAUAAAUAUAUUUUGGAUAAGCGGUUUGUGUGUGUAGUGAACGUUUUGAUUCGUCGAACGAGCAGUUUGGGCUGUGAUCUACCUUAUCUGAGCUGGUCUAUUUAUUUAUUUAACUCUUUAUUGCACCAUAAAUAAAAAUAUACAAUGACAAGUGAAUAAUUCAAGUGAAAUACAGUAACAUAAAUACAGAUUGAAAUAUACACAUAAAGGCACAAAAGGCAGUCUUAUCGCUAGGGCGAUCUCUUACAGACAACAUUUAGUCUAUCAUUGGUAUUCGUACUUCAUUAAGUGGAGCCCCACGUGUUUGGAGUUAAUAGUUGGUCGUUGGUUAAAAUGGUUUCUUUUAAAAAAAAUCUAUACUCAACCUUGUGGAAUUACUCUCCCAGUGUGCCCAUACAGUGGCAAAGAAUUUCGUGUUUUUUAAUAAUUAUGUAUUUAAUUUUUUUUGUUUAUGCUAAUAAAACGUCUCGAGUGCUUCCAGAACAUUCGACGCCGACAUCAAUGUGUAACUUGUAGACGAUCAUUUAACACGGUUUGUAAUCACAACAAAUUAUUUCCAAAAUAUGUUCCAAAAUGUGUGUUAUAACGGUUUUUUGGUAGAGUGUAUUUUCUUAAUAACGUCAAUUAUUAGUUAAUUUUAAACUUUCGCGUUGUUUCGGCACUUAAAGCGAUGCAAAAAACUUUUUUUUUAUCACGUUAAGUCUCGAUUUUGUAUUUAAAAAUAUCAAUAUUUUUCCAAAAUGAUCCGUAAAAUAUUAAUUUUAUUAACAAAAUUUUAAUAAUAAAAAAAUUCUAAUAUUUUUUUUAUUACUGUUUAUUGUAAUAAAGUUAUUGUUUUGCGUGAGAUAUGAGAUGUAAUCAAUGAUUGAUUGUAUGCAAUUGUCUAUUAUUUUAAGUUAAAUUUAAUUAUUUUUUACAUCACAAUAAUAUUACUUAUGUUGUUAUAUUUAUUUUGUGUGCGUGUUUACUGGUAAAAAAAAUAGUUUCGUAGUAAUUAUUAUAAUAAAGGCUAAAAUGCCUUAUUAUUUGGGUUCUUGGUGGCUAUAAUGUACUUUGUUGUUAUGAUUUAGAGUAUGUUUUUCUGUAGCCUGAUCAAAAUUGAUGGUACGGUUGUCAGUUCCAUCUUAACCCUUUGAGUGCCGACGAGGGCCAUCGCACUCGUGCGCGUUGCAACUAAAAGUGCCACAAGCGUCAUAGCGCUCGUGAAAUCAGUCGCUGUUUAGCUUGCUGUAAAAAAAAUAUUAAAAUUGGAUAAUUUUUUGGAGAAGAUAUAGUUUUUUCAGACAAGGGUAAAUGACAUCAACACGACAAAGUUUUUUUUGGCAUUUUUAAGUAUAUAUGGGUAAAAAUCAAUUGCACUAAAUGGGUUAAGAAUAAUUUCUGAUGGUUUUGGGCAUAAUUUACGGGUCGUUUUCAUAAAAUGCUAUAGAAAAUAAAAUAAAUUCGAAUUAUGUUUUGACACAAUAUUAGUUAAUGGACAAUGACCAAAUAACGCUCUGUUUCUUGAGAAUUUCUAUGUUUGAAAUGUAACUUAAAUGUCUACUUAGAAUAAGUUGACUAUCCUACAAUUUUCAACUUAGAAAUAGUACAUUUAAUUUUAACUUAACAGUUUCCUUUUUUAGUUGUAUUAAUUUAUUGACAAUGAAUUAAUUGUUAAGUUUCUCAUUGACACGUUUAGUUUAAUUGAAAGAUCACAUUGUUGGCAAAUAUAAACGAUUAAAAUAUAA